AGUACCAAACACACCUCAGACUCUCAUUUCCAGCCGUCCUCCAUUCUUUCUCACAUCUUUGAUUUCAAAAUUACAACUUCCUCUCCGUCUCAGUAUGUGAUGGUUUCGAUGGCUUCAAUUCAAGCUUAGGGUUUCUUUUACCGUGUGUGUUUGGAAGAGCUACACAGAAAUUUUCUCGGGGCAGAGAAAGUCCCAGAAAAUGGCGAGAAACAGCGCACAGGGCAAGAAACAACACUCCGGCGCUUCAACCGCCUCCACCUCCGCCUCCGCCGCCAUCAGAGUUAGAUCCAGACCCGAUCCUUUCUUGGUCAUUUGUCGAUGCUUCAGCAUCGUAACCUCUGCGACUGCCAUUCUCUGCAUCUCUGUCAACAUUCUCUCUGCCAUUCAUUCCUUCAAAGAUGGAUCUGAUAUAUUUGAUGGCAUAUUUCGGUGCUAUGCGGUUGUGAUUGCAAUGUUCGUGGUCGUUGCCGAGACAGAAUGGGGAUUCAUCAAGAAGUUCUGGAAGGUGUUGGAGUAUUGGGCUGCUAGGGAUAUGCUGCAAAUCGAUAAUGGCUCACAUUUUUUGUGUGUUCCUGUUAUGUGGCCCCUGUUUAUGAAGAUUCUGCAUCAACUUAUGGCCCCUGUCUGUAAUGGCAUUUUGUAG